AUGGUGAAACAGCAAAAAGCUGUGUGCUACAUAGUGAAACGCAGCGGAGUGAAAGCAUCUCAUCCAGCUCAGUCAUCACCCUUACAUGACACCACCUCGUCCAAUCCAUCCGCUGCUAUCGACUUAGCAAAGUACCUGAUGCGUCGAGAGAUGGGACCUGACAUGAACAAUUCAUUACUGGGAGUCUUAUUGCGUUUCCGUAAAGAACCUGUAGCAGUGAUGGCUGAUGUGCAAAAGAUGUUUUAUUGCUUUACUGUCCGUGAAGAGCACCGGGACUUUUUGCGCUUUUUGUGGUUUGAAGACAACAACCCAACCAAGCAGAUCACCGAAUACCGCAUGAAGGUUCAUGUAUUCGGGAAUUCUCCCUCUCCAGCAGUGGCCAUUUAUGGCUUAAGGAAGGCAGCCCUACAUGCAGAAGGAGAAGAUGGUACAGAAGCCAAGCAGUUCAUUAUGCGGAACUUCUACGUGGAUGAUGCCCUGGCCUCUUUCCCCACAAAUGAUGAAGCCAUCUCUGUCUUGAAAAGAACCAAAGACAUGCUAGCUGAGUCAAGCAUCAAGCUGCACAAGAUAGCCUCUAAUAGCCGUGUGGUGAUGGAUGCGUUCUCCCCAGAAGAACGGGCUAAAGACCUAGUCAACCUGGAGCUAACAAUCGACCCCUUGCCACUUCAGCACAGUUUGGGACUCACCUGGAGCUUGCAGACUGACACCUUCACCUUCUGUGUAUCUAGAGAGAAGAAGCCGUUCACCAGAAGGGGGAUCCUAUCCACUGUUAAUGGUCUCUACGACCCACUGGGAUUUGCAGCACCUGUUACAAUUCAAGGAAAGGCCUUAGUCAGAGAGUUGUCAGCCGAACAGUUUGAAUGGGACGCCCCUCUCCCAGCUGUGAAAGAAAAACAGUGGAGGCUGUGGACAGACUCAGUCCAUGAGCUUGAACAGCUUCAAAUAAAAAGGGCAUAUGUACCUGUUUCUUUGCGCUACAUUGAACACAGAGAACUCUGUGUUUUCUCUGAUGCUUCCACCAUGGCCAUUUCAGCAGUGGCAUACUUAAAAACAGUGGACAAGGAGGGCCAUACUCACGUCGGGUUCGUCAUGGGCAAGUCAAAGCUGGCUCCUCAUCCUCAACACACCAUUCCACGGCUGGAGCUUUGCGCUGCCGUACUGGCGGUUGAAAUGGCAGACCUAUUAACAGAGGAACUGGACAUUGAUAUCCACAAGGUCACAUUCUUCACAGACAGCCGGAUUGUAUUAGGCUACAUUCAUAAUACAAACAGAAGAUUUUACGUGUAUGUGACCAACAGAGUUGCUCGCAUCAGGAAAUCCACAAGACCUGAACAGUGGAACUUUGUCAGCACAGAAAACAAUCCUGCAGACCAUGGGACACGCUCUGUGUCAGCAGCCCAGUUGUCACACACCAACUGGUUACAAGGUCCAACUUUCCUGUCCAGAGACACCUGCUUAAAGCAAGAGACUUUUGAGUUAGUAGAACCUGAUGCCGACGCAGAUAUACGUCCACUGAUCACAGCUUUCAUAACCAAAGCCUCUGUCAAUCGGCUUGGCUCACGGAGAUUUGAGCGCUUUUCAAGUUGGAAAGCCCUCUGCCGAGCUACAGUCAAACUCAUAUACAAAGCCAGGUCUUGCAGUAAAAAUACAAACAGCAAGACAGAAGUAUGGACACAGGCAAAAACAGUUAUCAUCAGAAGUGCCCAACAAGAUGCCUUCUCUGAGGAGAUCAGGUCCCUCUCAAGGGGUGAUGUUGUCUCAAAGUCCAGCACUCUCAGGAAGCUGAACCCUUUUGUUGAUGCAGAAGGCCUUUUGAGAGUUGGAGGGCGUAUGCCUGCAACACACACUCCCUGGGAAGAGAGACACCCAAUCAUUGUCCCCAACAAACAACACAUCGCCACCUUAUUAGUGAGACACUAUCAUGAGCAGGUCGCACAUCAAGGGAGACAUCUAACAGAAGGUGCUCUUCGCUCUGCUGGUUUGUGGCUGAUAGGAGGCAAGAGGUUGGUGUCUAACAUCAUACACAAAUGUGUGAUCUGUAAAAGGCUAAGAGGAAAAGUAGAGGAACAACAGAUGGCUAGCUUACCUGCUGAUCGAGUCAGCCCGGGUCCUCCAUUCACAAGUGUCGGUGUUGAUGUGUUUGGCCCAUGGACUGUCAGCUCACGGCGCACCCGAGGUGGGGUUGCAGAGAAUAAACGCUGGGCUGUCAUCUUCACAUGCAUGGUGACAAGAGCCGUGCAUAUCGAAGUUCUAGAGUCUCUGUCCUCUUCAAGUUUUGUAAACGCCCUAAGAAGAUUCACAGCCAUUCGUGGACCAGUUCGUCUUUUUCGUUCUGAUCAGGGUACUAACUUUGUGGGUGCCUGCAAAGAGCUCCAAAUAAGAUCUGGGGACCCUGAGCUAGCAACUUACCUUCUAGAUAAAGGUAGCACCUGGACAUUCAACCCUCCCCACGCCUCACACAUGGGCGGAGCAUGGGAGAGGAUGAUAGGUGUGGCUCGCAGGAUAUUGGACGCUUUGCUGUUGAAGAGAAACACCUGUCACAUGUCUCACGAGGUUCUGGUCACUCUCAUGUCCGAAGUUAUGGCAAUUAUGAAUGCUAGGCCUCUAGUCCCUGUAUCGUCUGACCCAGAUAUGCCUGCCGUCCUUACACCUGCCAUGCUCUUGACACAGAAAAUUGAGACUGUGUUGCCACCAUCACCAGGACAAUUUGACCUCAAGGAUCUCCACAGUAAACAAUGGAAGCAGGUCCAAACUUUAGCUGAUGCAUUCUGGAAACGUUGGCGGCAGGAAUACCUGGUGACCCUUCAAGCAAGACAAAAGUGGCAUGUGGACAAACCAAACCUGAACAAAGGAGACGUGGUGCUUCUGAAGGAUGCACAAGCAAAGAGAAAUGAAUGGCCUGUUGGCAUUGUAGUUGAUGUCUUUCCAAGUGAGGACAAAAAAGUUCGGAAGGUGGAUGUUAAGGUAGUCAAGCAGGGCACUCCAAAGGUGUACUUGAGGCCUGUCUCAGAACUUGUGUUGCUUUUGAAAAAUGUAUAAUGGUAUAAUGUGUUAUACCAGGCGAGGAGUGUAUUGCCUUGUUAUGUUUGUGACCAAACUACGACAUCUAGUGUCUAAAAGCUGUAAUAGCAAAGCUUUGAGUUAUUUUGAACCCUUGGUCUUGCCGUAGUUAUGUUGCCAUGGGUACGGACCGUUUUGUUUAUAGUCUAUGGUACGGACAUAAUCCUUCUUAUAUCGCGUUUGGAAAACAUUUGCCUGUAAGUAUUUUCAUAUACAGUGCUUUUAGUUCAGUUUCAUUGUUUCAGAUUGUUUGUGAUAAAGGUUAAAAGUCUAUUUUAAAACCGCCGACAGUGAAAUCUAUAUAUGCUAACCACUAGCAUGUCAAUGCAAUUUCCCAUGUAUGUUAGCAUCAAGCUAGCGCUUCGUGUCGUUAUAGCGCUGU